AUGUUCCUGGAGGAGUUCGAGGAUGUGGCGGAGUUGGCCGGAAUACGGACGGAUCGCGGCAAGUUGACGGCCCUCCGAGCGCUCCUCAAGGGUCGUGCGCGGGCGGUGUUGGACGCGGCACGAAGAGGCCCGGAGAAAAUGGAGUGGGCC